CGUCCAUCCCCUCCCCAACACCACCUCUGCUGCUGCCUCUGGCUGUGGACCUGCACCUCUUCUCCAUCCUCGCCAGGCCCGGAGAGUGGGGUUAGCCUGGAUGAGAGUGUGCCCCUAACCUGAGGCCCUCCCAGGCCAUGGCUCAUGUGUUCCCAGGGAGGAGUCCAGGACCCUGAGCAUCUGCUAGAAGCUUGGCAGAGGCCCCGCUGGGACCGUGUCUUCUGAGGACAAAAGGCUGCGGCCAGCAGGCAGACUGGGUGGGGGGUGGGGGGGGUGGGGGAACCGGUAGCUAAGCAGGCAGAACAGUAGCGGAGCCAGCGCUGGCCCCCUCCCAGACUGGCGGUGGCAUGAAGAUGGGGGUGGGAGUGUGUAGUGGGAGAAGCACCUACCAGGACCCCCACCUGCCCACUACUUGGGCAUCCCAAAGCUGUGUGCUGCCCACCUGGUGUUCCCCAAAAUCUCCAGCUCUACCAAGUGCACCCCUCUGGCACCUGCUUCUCUUGCUGCCAGCGAUUUAGACCAACCAGGCUGUAUCCACGGCAACAGAAGCAGGAGUGUCACUGGCUGCCAGAUCACUGAGGGUCCCACAAUGUGGCCUGGGCUGUGGUUUAUCCGGGAUGACACAGAGUGAGCCUCCUUCCUGAAUUCCAAGACAGUCCUGCUAAGAAAACCCAGUCUCUACCUACAGGUAACAUACUUUUGCUCACUCACCCUGGAAGAUGUGUCCCAGCUAGUGGGAGGAAGCUGCUAUAGGAAUAGAGGAAGAUACCCAUAUUGUGUUUGGGACCUCCAGAUCUAUGACACAGUAGCCAGAGGUCCCUGUAUCUGGAGGUGCAGGAAAACCUGGUAUAUGGAGAACAUGGAUUCUACUAGGGACACGGCUCCUAACUACUAGCUCGCAACUUUAGUGGAGGUGUAGCUCAGCAAGAAAACUGAUGGAGUCCGCCAGGGCCCAUCAAAUACUGAACUGGCCGAUCCCCUAGGGUUAGGGGUAGCCCUUACCCCUCAGUAUGGCCAACACCACCGGAGAGCCCGAAGAGGUGAGCGGCGCACUGUCCCUGCCAUCAGCAUCGGCUUAUGUGAAGCUGGUGCUGCUGGGACUGAUCAUGUGUGUAAGCCUGGCAGGCAAUGCCAUCUUGUCCCUGCUGGUGCUCAAGGAGCGUGCCCUGCACAAGGCUCCUUACUACUUUCUGCUGGACCUGUGCCUAGCCGAUGGCAUACGCUCUGCCAUCUGCUUCCCCUUUGUACUGGCUUCUGUGCGCCAUGGCUCCUCGUGGACCUUCAGUGCACUCAGCUGUAAGAUUGUGGCCUUUAUGGCUGUGCUCUUUUGCUUCCAUGCGGCCUUCAUGCUGUUCUGCAUCAGCGUCACCCGCUACAUGGCCAUCGCCCACCACCGCUUCUAUGCCAAGCGCAUGACACUCUGGACAUGCGCAGCUGUCAUCUGCAUGGCCUGGACCUUGUCUGUGGCCAUGGCUUUCCCACCUGUCUUUGAUGUGGGCACCUACAAGUUUAUCCGAGAGGAGGACCAGUGCAUCUUUGAGCAUCGCUACUUCAAAGCAAAUGACACUCUGGGCUUUAUGCUUAUGUUGGCUGUGCUCAUGGCAGCCACACAUGCUGUCUAUGGCAAGCUGCUACUCUUCGAGUAUCGUCACCGCAAGAUGAAGCCAGUGCAGAUGGUGCCCGCCAUCAGCCAAAACUGGACAUUCCAUGGCCCUGGGGCUACCGGCCAGGCUGCUGCCAACUGGAUCGCUGGCUUUGGCCGUGGGCCCAUGCCACCAACUCUGCUGGGUAUCCGGCAGAAUGGGCAUGCAGCUAGCCGGCGGCUACUGGGCAUGGACGAGGUCAAGGGUGAAAAGCAGCUGGGCCGAAUGUUCUACGCGAUUACACUGCUCUUCCUGCUCCUCUGGUCACCAUACAUUGUGGCCUGCUACUGGCGAGUGUUUGUGAAAGCCUGCGCUGUGCCCCACCGCUACCUGGCCACUGCUGUUUGGAUGAGCUUCGCCCAGGCUGCUGUCAACCCAAUCGUCUGCUUCCUGCUUAACAAGGACCUCAAGAAGUGCCUGAGGACUCAUGCCCCUUGCUGGGGCACAGGAGGUGCCCCAGCUCCCAGAGAACCCUACUGUGUCAUGUGAAGCAAGCCAGUAGGUGAUAGGCAGGGGGAAAGUCAUGAUCACCAUACUGGGGCCAACAGGGGAAGGGUGGGACCCAUACAGAAGCCUUUUUUUUUUUUUUUUGAGCUUCAGUCCAGGCUCUCAAACUAUCCAUAACUGAGGCAUUUUGCCAACACCUCGCUAGGGUUGGAAACGGGGUGAAGAACUGGAAAAGAGGCAUUUCUAGUUUUGUGGGGCGUGUCCCGCAGCCUCUCCACUUCUACAAUCUCCUUUUCCCAUGCCUUCCCUUCCUUCCCUUCCCUUUCCCUUUCCCUUCUCCUAUCUUUCUAAAAUAACAAUUCAGUAAAUGAAAACAAACUGAAAAUGCAGGGUUUUUAAUAAUAACAGCUGAGGAAACAGGCUUUCUUGCUUAAAAUGUCCCCCCUUUUGACACUGUCAAGAAAUGGGAAAUUUCUACUGUAAAAUAGAUUCCCAGAGAUCUUAUUGCCCCCUGGGCUCCCAUUUACCCUCCCCUUCUAAAUCCUUUAGCAAGACUUGGAUGUUUAGGAAAUAUUGACUUAAGUCUUCAGACAAGAGGGACCAAAUAGGGUGCUGUAUUCCUUGGGAGCAAGGAUGUUUAAAUUGCUAUGUUGUGUGCAAUGUUGUUUUUGGCUAACCUUGAUCCAAAGCCCGAUCUCCAACCCCUCCCUACCAUGUCCAUACUUUGAAGGUGUUUCUUGAGGCUCUGUUUGAGAAGACAAGAGCAUACAAAGAAGGGCCUCCAUGAUGUGCCCAGGCUAGAUGAAGUGCAGAAUGAGAGAUGUGCUCCUCAACCAAAAUAUACCAAACUUAGCUACAUUCACUCAAGCUUCCUCUUGACUCCCCUAACCUUUCCACCUAGGAAUAUAUAUCCACUUUAGUCCCCACUAGGGAUGAUGUGGGUAUAUGCUGACAGGAAAAGUCAUCCAUGGAAGUAUAGGGAGAUAGUUGAACUCUCCAGAGGAGCUAGAGUCCAGACUGUGAGGUCAGAGCUAAAUUCAACCCCACAACUGUCUCUUGGGUUCACACUACUCCCCCCAAAGUGAAAAUUUCUUUGGGGGCCUUGGUCACCAAUAGUUAUCCAGACUUCAAGGCACUGUGGAUUUGAAUCCAUUCCUGCUUGACCUCUUCUUUUUGUCCCUUCCUAACUUCACAGUCCUUGAGCCCCUCCUUGGUUGGGCCCCAAGCAUCGUUCCCAGAAGUUUUUCUUUCUCCAUCCACUCCUACCAAUGUCCAAAGUGGAGCAGACUACACCCAAAUUGCAAAGCUGGAAGGUCUCAAGCCUUUUCUCCAUGGACAGAGACCAACUUCAAGGCCAGUUCUAUAGACUGGUGAACCAAGUUGGAAUUCUUUGCCUAAGUUUGGGACAGUGGUGUCUCCAUCCCUUUUCCUUCCUUAUAAGCUCCUGUCAGAAACUCCACCUCUACCCCAAGAUAGGCACUGAACUGAGGAAGUCUUGACCCAAAAGCAAUGAAGGGGGCACUCUAGGCAGAAGAGAUAUUGUGACCCUGGUUGUGGAGUGGCCCUGGAAAAGCGAGCCAGAGGAGCUAAGAGGCUGGGAACAUGUGUUUGGGGUGGGGCUAUUCUCUCAGUGAUGAUGAUAGGAAUGCCUUUCUGAGGGCUGGGGUGCAAAGACCAAGGUGGGAGGGCAAAUAGGGUAGACUCGGGAGGGUUUUCCUCCAUUUCCCUUUUCUAACUGCCUGGAUUCAUCAUUGGAUUUUGUAAAUGGAAAAAGUGAAAUGAACAAUGUUAUAUUGGAUGUUCUCUCUCUCUCUCUCUCUCUCUCUCUCUCUCUCUCUCUCUCUCUGUGUGUGUGUGUGUGUGUGUGUGUGUACGUGUGUGUGCCCACGCACACACAUGCGCCCCUGCACACAUCUUUGUCUAUGUCUUCUAUCUGUGUAUGAUCACGUGGGGAGGUAUGAUUGAAUGAGAUAGUGUGUGUCUGUGUGACUUUGUGUGGGUAAGAACCCCUGAGGAAAACUUGCCUAGUGCACAGAUGUGAGCAAAUACAUAUAUGUGAAGAAAUAAAGUACAACACACACACACACACACACACACACACACACUGGAGAGGAGACAAAACUUAGUAUGUGCCUGCAGCAGGAAAUAGAGUGCUUAGGAGAUGGAACCUGAAAUUUUUUAUGUAUGUAUGUGUCAAGAGAGUCAACUCCCAUCUCAUAAGGUUGUCUUCCCUUGGCCCAGCUUCUGAGCACCAGGUAAGGAGAGAAUACUUUAGAACUCCAUCUCUUCCCAGUGUCUGGAGAUUCAGUCCUCACCCAAAAUUCAAACAAGGUAUUUCUUAAAUUGGACCAUCAUGGAAAUAGGAACUGGGAAUGGAGGAGGAGUCAAACAUGAAGGUAAUGGGGUUAAGAAAUGGCCCCCUGCAAUGUAAUGGCUUUUAGAGGAACUGCUCAGCCUAAACUGGAAGUUCUUCUUAAGGUUCCACUGUAUACAGCUGGGACUUUGUUCAGCUUUGACUAAAUUCAGAAGGAAAGAUGGCAUAAAAAAAAAAAAGCCCGAGUCUAGGGGUCUACCCAACUGGCCUACUCCCUAGGCACUCAAUUAAUUUACUAUUUAUUUAUUUAUUCCUUCAGGUGCACAGAAUUGAACUGACCCUAUUCCUCAGUUCUUAGCAUACUAUAUCAUCAUUGGUCCAUGCAAGGUCCUGUUAUUAUUUUGCUUUGUCCCCUUCAUCACCCAUCCCUGAUCCCAUCCUUCCCAAUCCCACAUAGGCACCACUCUUAUGUACUUAAUGUGUGUCCUUCCAAACCACCGUUCAUGUGUUUAUUUACUUAUGUGUAUCUGUGGAAAAUAUAUGAUAUUGAUGUGUUUUAAUUUACAUAAACAGUAUUGUACU